AUGUGUAGUCGCUUCAAACUAGUGUUCGUCGUUUUCAUCGUCGCUCUGACAUUUGAUGCUGGAUUUGUUGUCAAUGCUGGUAAGAAGACUUAAAAAGAUCAUCAGGUCUGAUCCCCAGCCCCAUAACCAGCCCCAGCUCUAAUUUUAUCUCCAUCUUUAGCCCGGUUCGAGACUGGGCCGGGCCGAAGCAACUCUUAAACGCAGCCCAAGCUUCAGCCCUUGAUUCAUUCUUAGCACCAGCUAGUCCGUGCCAGCCCCAAUCAGCCCAACCCCCUACCCCAGCCUCAGUUCUCUGACAGAAUCCUAGCACCAGUUAGCCCCAGCACUAGCUUCAGCUUCACUUCACACCAGAGCUGCUUGGGGCCGAGCCAAGCCGAAACAAUUUUUAAGCAGACCGGGCCGAGCUGUACGGUUCGAAAAUAGACUUUGUUAUUAUUUUAUGAUGAUGAAUGGUGUCAAAAUGCUAAAGCUGACGGUUGUAAAUUGAUGCUUAAUGUUACCUUAUUUUCAGUACCGAAAAACUGUGAACAUUACAAUGCACCAUGUAAGUUUGAUCUCUUCGUGUUUGAUUUUUUAUGAAAAUUACAUGAUUUCAAAAAAUUUCAAAGAAUUUUGAUAUGACUAACUUGUUCAAUAUUCAUAUAUCAAUGUUGCUACCUGUCUUAGUGCUUAAAAACGUUUUUUAGAUGGUUUUUUCAAACGCAAAAGUCCCACAAGCGAAGAUGUGCCACAACAUUUUAAAGCACCAUGCCUGGAAGGAGAAGAUUGUCAGAUUGUGACGGUGCAAAACUUCUCCAUUUUCAUGGAAGGAUACAAUGACAGAUGGGGCCACCAUGAUUUUAUGAACAUCAGAUCGUGUAACUUUUUUUCCCCUACGGCUAUUUUAUACUUUGUUCAAAUAAUUCAGUGCCCUCUAUCUUUAAAAAUUUGAGAAGGAGCACAGAAUUAUGUGAAAAACCUAAACAAUAAAAAUCGAUUGUUUUUUCUUCAGAUUACCACCGUGAAGACGGUAAAUGGUCGACUGGCGACUACAUGAAGGGAGACAAAAAAGACAAGUAAAAUAUUAACAUUUUUUUGUCAAAUUUGCCAUUUUGAAUGAACAAUGGCAUUUUAAAAAUAAUUUUAAUUUAAAAAUAUUUUUUAUGUUUGUAUUAAAUAGUUUUAAAAAUUUAAUUUUUUGUUAUAAUUGCUGUUCCAGAUGGCAAUGGCCUCCAUAUCGUACCUUAUCACAGCAUCCGGUCGUGAUGGACGGCGAAUACAAGUACAUGUGCCAAAUUUGGACCGACCAUCUUGAGUUUUAUGGAAUGUCGUAAGUGUUUGAAUUAGGGCAGGUCUAUAAUAGAGCUAGGAUAAACUAUAAUUAGACUAGGAUAGUGCCAUAGUAGGACUAAGGUGAAGCUGUAAAUUGGUUUAGGUUAGAGUUUUACUCGAACUAGAACAAGGCUAUAAAAAAGCUAGAUUAGGUCUAUAAUAGGGCUAUGACAGAGCUGUUACAAGGUUGUGAUAGUGCUAGGACAAAUCUUUAAGAGGACUAGAAUAGAGAUAGCACAGGGGCUAUCAUAGAGCUAAGACAAGGUUAAAACAGGUAUGUAAUUAAGCUAGAGUGAAGCUAGAACAAGGCUUUAACAGGGCUAAAUUAGGACUAGUCUAAGGCUAUAAUAAGGCUAGGGCAGGGCUUAAAAAGGCUAAGGAAAGAAUAGGAUAGGGCUAAGACAGGGUUAUGAUAUGGCUAUUACCUAUAUUAAGACUACGACAGGGCCAAGACAGGGCUGUAAUUGAGCUAGAACAGGGUUAUAAUACGGGUGUGGUUAGGCUAUAUAAAGGCUAAGUUAGAGUUAUGAUAAGGCAAAGAACAGGCUGUAAUAAAGCGUAGACAGGACUAUAGUAUGGUUAGGGUAUAGUAGUUUGUCCUUUUUACAAUUUUUUUAAAGCUUUUUUAUGAUUUUUUUAUAAAUAUAGUAUACUGUAUCUUUUUAGAACAGAAGUAGUCAAAAUAUCCAGAGGAAAAAGUUGGCGCCUUCACAUUCGCUUAGAAGAAACAUUGUCACCGGAGGAUGUUAAGCAAGCCGUCAUCUUCGAAGGCUACAUCUUUAUCGACAAAGAGCGGGUGUUCGACAUUCGUGGUUUGAUGGAUUCGGAAAUAGUAAAAACUACCGAUGUUACAUCGGAUCGGUGGGUGUUUUUAAUAUAAAAAAAGGGAGGGGUAGUACAGAGUAAGGUAGGUCAAGGCAGAAAGAGAAGGUCAGGGCAAGGCUAAUCAGAACAGUCAAGGAAGGGAAAAGCACGGUACGGCACAGUUGGGCGGGGCAAGAGACACUAGGGCUUGGCGGGGCCGGGCAGGGCAGGACAAAGAAAGGGCUGGCAGGGCAUGGAAAAAAGAAAGCACAGGGCUGGGCUGGGAACAGCAAGACAAAGCAUGUAAAACAAGGCGGGUCAGAGCAAAAAAAGGCAGGAAAAGAAGCUAGGCUAUGGCGGGGAUAGGUAAAGCAGGAAAAAAGGACAAAGCAAGGCAAGCCAAGCCAAGCCAAGGCAAGGCAGGGCAGCGAAAGGGUGAAAGCCGUAAACAAAGGAGAGAGGUCCCGUUUAUACAGAACGUAAUAUACGCUGGGUUUAGUUUAAAAUCUAUUAAAUUAGACAAUUUCAGACCUGGCAAAGCUAGUGGAACGUUUAAAGCGAGUACGUACAACGUUGUUCAAGCCAAUCACAUAACACAGGACUUUGCUAACUAAAUUAAAGAGGCUUGCUUUGUAAGGAGUUUCAUGUUUCAUUCUGAAACGUUACUGUAUAGAUUUGUUAAGUAUAAAAUGACAAAAACUCUCUUUACAGUUUAGCUUUUAUAGAGAGGAGCAGAUAAAUCAUGUGCCAUUGACAUUACUACACGCCAACUCACGAGCCUCGACUACGGUGGCGUUGUUUUUACAAUCAAUGGUUUGAUAGUACAGCAGCGUUGGUUUUUGUAAGUUUGAAAGGGGUUUGAGCUGAAUAAAUGAAAUGAAAUGAAAUACCCUGAUGUUCCGUACCGUACUCUACUCUACUUUACCUGCCUUACUCUACCCUGCCCUACCCUACCCCACCCUAGUCUACCAUGUCCUACCGUACAACUCGUACCUAGACCCUAUUUUUCAAUUUUAAAAUUUGAUUUUUAGGAGUUUUUGCGAUUGGGUACCAGUAUACUUCAUUCGUCACGUCCACUUUCCUCCAAAGUAAGUUGUUUCCGAAACUGUUAUUACCUUUUGUUUGACCAAGAUAUCUUUAGCUUAACUAUAACAUUGUUAAUUAUCUUUAGUUUGGUCUAUCAUUUUGGCGACAUUCCAAUGCUGCAGACCCAUGGUAAAACUUUCACAUGGAAAUUGUGAGUUGUACUUUUUGAAAUGGGCAUGGGUGACAACUUUAAUAUUUUUUUUGUUUAGCUUCUCUUAAAAGAUUUCCUUGCUUACCAACUUUGACUUUCAGCAAUCGGUUUACGUUUCAAACAUACACGUACCACCGCAACACCUUCAUGCCAGUCGUUAAGCCAGACGAUCAGAUUUUUGAAUUUGCCAAAACCAAAACCACGCCAGCUCCACUAUCUGCUACAUCGACCAAACCACUGUCCACCUUUACUCCGAAACCCCUGUUACCCAUAACCAGGGAUCCAGCCAAAGCUGACGAAGUUGACGAUCGUGAUUACACGGACGAACCCACGGUGGAGACGACUAUGGAUGAGGACUAUCUUAUAACCGAUGAACUGGUAUAUGAAGACGCUUCCUAUGCUUUGAUGGUACCUUUUGUCUGCAUUGGGAUUGGAAUGAUAGUACUCUUGGGCUGA